GCAUGGCCCGUGGUACUGGUACUGCUGGUAUUAAUGCGUCAGUUCCCUUCAGCACAGACAUCAUCGAUUAAUCUAACAACUUUUGCUUCCCUCGUCUCUUCACUACCAAUUAUGGCCUCCUCUGCUUCACUUUCCAAAUCCAAUUUCUCCCUUCAUUCCUUCUCUUCUUCUUCUUCUUCACAAUUGCCUCAUUUCACUUGCAUUGCCACUCCACCCAAGCUCCCUCGCUUCUUCCCAUCCCAAUUCACCAUCAAACGCUUUCCAAAUGCCCCAAUUAUCAGAGCCCAAAGCUCUCCAGAUUUCGUCGCCGAUGCCAAGUUUUACAAAGUCGAAGCUAUUCUAAGACCUUGGAGAAUUCAACAGGUUUCUUCGGCACUAUUGAAAAUGGGCAUUCGUGGUGUCACUGUCUCGGAUGUUCGUGGUUUUGGCGCCCAAGGUGGCUUGACUGAGAGGCAAGCUGGCUCUGAAUUCUCCGAGGACACGUUUGUAGCAAAAGUUAAAAUGGAGAUUGUUGUCAGCAAAGACCAGGUUGAAGGAGUCAUUGCAAAGAUAAUUGAAGAGGCAAGAACUGGUGAAAUUGGUGAUGGAAAGAUCUUCUUGAUUCCUAUAUGUGAUGUGAUAAGAGUUCGCACUGGAGAACGGGGAGAAAAGGCAGAGAGGAUGGUGGGAGGGCAUGCUGAUAUUGCCUCUUCAUUAUCAACUCCUUGAGCUGCCUCUAGCUUGACGUUAAAAUGUUUAAUAAUAUUUAGUUAUGUAUCAUGGCCAUGUUAUGUUUCGAGUUAUGGAACAAGGUCCAUUUUUUAUUUGGAACGUGUUGUCAAGAUCGAAAAAUAAAAGAAGUUGGUCUUACCGUGUA